AUGCCAUAUUUCACCGUUGAUGAAUUCGAUGAGCAAGUGUUAAACAUUACAGUUGAGCUAAAUGAAUUUAUAGACGAAAACAAUUUGAGUAAAAAAGAUAUAAAACCCGAAGAAUAUGGCGUAUUUGUAUUCUAUAAUCAUGAUAUCGAUGGAAUAUGCUCAAUGUUUAUACUAGAGCACCAUACCAAGUUUAGAAAUGGAUUAAAACUAACUGCGUACCCAAUUUUAAAUGAAUCAGAUAUAUACACAUACAUCAAGAAGACAUUAGCAAUCAAAACAGCAUACCCGUCACUGAAGUUUGAUAAAUAUUUGAGAGUCAUUUUACUUGCAAUAAAUGGCUGGAACGAACAGAUUCUAUACUCCAUAAAGCUGUAUUUUGAGAGGUUCUUGCCAGAAAACCUAAGAAAAUUUCUAAAGAUAGAACACACACUUGCUCAUGACGUUCAGACAGACGAAUGGCACUUUUUUCUGCAAGAUAACAGUGAUAAAUUGAACGAAAUACAACAAGAACAAAAUAACAAGAUUGUGGAAUGCAUAAAUGAGUGUGAUAAGGCCAUCGUACUAUUCGCUAGCUGUAUCGGAAUACUGAGCUGCUAUGAGUUCACGAACACCGAAAAUUCAAACUUAACUCAACAAAUAAGGAGUAAUUACUUCAAAAUUCUGUCUCUGCAAGGCGGACCGUACGUGAUUUACGAUAACCACAAACUCCUGACUCCGUUAAUAACGCUGACCACAUUUGAAGAAUCACUGAAAAUUAGCCCUUAUGUCUUGAUUUACGAUCCCCAUAUCACAAAUGAAACCUUGUCCGAUAUUCGGAUCUUCUGUAACCUGAAAUUGGACGAAUACAACUCAAAUUUUACCAACUUAUCGCCCUUGAAGCAGAAAAAUGUUUUGUCACUGUUAAAGAAUAAGUUAAAUGUAAAGAAAAACACGGGCCAGCUGUGUUGGAAGAGACGAAUUCUCAAUAUAACUUCAAUAGACAUUUUGUACAUACUAUUAUUCAUUUUGAAUAAGGAAAACAAGAUAAUAAUCAAGGAUUUCCUGUACAAUAUCUUGAUAGAGAGAAUAAAUGAGGACAGCCACUACGACAAGAACAUCCUGUACAAACUGAAGAAUAAAACCUACGAAUACAUCAGGAACAUUUAUCAACUUACUGUCAACACCAGUUACAAUACCAUUUUAACCACCACGAUAUACCCAAACAUUAUAUUAAACCAAUCUUAUCAUUUGAAUUUUAUAUCAUAUUUGAUCAUAUCAAUAUACAAUAAAAAUAAGGAGAAAUCAGAGAAUAACUUGUUACUGCUCUUCAUAAACAAUAAAAACGUAGCCAGGACGAACACAAAGAACAAUAAUGUGUCUUCACUAGAGGACAGAUGGAACAAAAGCAACGAAUCUGAUGAUUCACUGCUGAUUUUCGGAUAUAACCACGACUUGAACAACAACCUCUGGCCCAUGGUGUUCAAGUCGCUGUCCCACCAGAACAGCUCGUUCGUCCAGGAUUACUUUAACCCGAACCUGCUCUCAACCAAGCUGGGAGAUACGGAGUACAUCAGGAAGAUAAUCAUAGAGAAUUUUAAGAUCAUACAGCAAAUCAAGUAUAACCAGGAGGACGAUAUAAGCCAGGAGCUCGAGAGUAUUCAGGAAGACCAAAGUGAAGAGGAGGAGUAA